UUUUUUUUUACAAUUUUCAUGUAAACUAUUGGUGCCAUCUGAUGGCCGAAGAAAUUAAACCUUAUUUAUUAUUCCACGGCUGAUCGACUGAUCGAUGAUUCCCGCUAAAAGUUGUUUAUUUCAUCUGUCAUUGAGGCAUUGAACAUUUUCUCUGACCAAAUCAAAAACAACAACAACAAAGAUGUUCGAUUUAUCAGCAUUUUUCCGAGAUCCAAGUCAAAUUCAUCAUCUAAACUCUGCCAUUAAAACAUGUCAAACAUCUGGAGUAAUUGUUGGUAUCGAUGAAGCUGGUCGUGGUCCUGUUUUAGGUCCAAUGAUUUAUGCUGCUGCAUAUUGUCCAUUAUCAAUGCGUGCCGAAAUUGAAAAGGAAAAAUAUCAGGAUUCAAAAACAUUGACCGAAAAACAACGAAGUGAAAUGUUCGAAACAAUCGAUAAUGACGUGAAUAUUGGCUGGUCAUCGACAAUUCUUUCACCCAUUUAUAUUAGUAAUUCAAUGUUGAAACGUUCGAAAUAUAAUUUGAAUGCCAUCUCACAUGAUUCGGCUAUUAGCCUGAUUCGUAGCAUCCAAGCUAAAGGUAUUGAAAUUCGUGAAGUAUAUCUGGAUACGGUUGGUCCACCGGAAAAAUAUGAACAAAAAUUACGGCAAAUAUUUCCUGAUAUUGCAAAGAUUAAAGUAUCUAAAAAAGCUGAUUCAUUAUAUAAAAUUGUAUCGAUUGCAUCGAUUUGUGCCAAAGUUUUACGUGAUCAUCUAAUAAAACAUUGGCAAUUUCAAGAGAAUCUUUCAUAUAAUGAAAAUGAUUAUGGUUCUGGUUAUCCAAAUGAUCCAAAGACCAAAGAAUUUCUUAACAAAGUUUUUGAUCCCAUUUUUGGAUUUCCAACAUUUGUUCGUUUUAGUUGGUCAACGAUAACAAAAAUUAUGGAUGAUAAAGCCAUUGUUUGUGAUUGGGACGACGAUGAUGAUGAUGAUGAUCAAGACGAAAAUAAUUAUUCAAAACAAUCGAUAAUGAAUUUUUUGAAAGGGAAAAAAAAUUUUGAUGAACAAAAAUCGAAAAUUUUAAAAUCAAGUAAUUUUUUCACUGAACAUGAUUUGGAACAAAUUAACGAUUUAGAUCGAAUCUUUGGCUGA